AUGCACCUCCCGGCAGGAGAAGCGGUGGGUUCCUUGAACAAGACGAAAUGGGCCAAUACGACCGCCAAGGAGCGUCUCGUCAUUCUCGAACAACUCCAAGAACGGCUCACGGAAGAAAUGGAAGACUUGGGACAAGAAGAAGCCGAAAUGAAAAAUAUGAAAAUUGGAACCACCGAUAAUCCCUAUGCGGCCGAUGCCUGUCGAUUGACCAGUGUCGUGCCCCUUGCGUUUUGCAUCUCGUCGGCCAUUGAUCUCUACAAGACCAAUAUUGCCGGAAAACCAUUAGGGCCUGUACGAGUCAAUAAGGUAGAACCACAUUCUGGAGUCGAUAUGAUUGAUUUUGGAAACAAAGAUGAUACUGAAAAUGAAGAAGAAGACGAUACCCAACAACAACAACAAGAAUUUGAACAAGAAGCCGAUACCAGUCACUCACAAAUCGAUGAACUCUUUCCCGACAAUAAGAACAACAAUACUCAGCAGCAACAAGAUGAAGAUAACGAUAAGGAAGAUAAUACCAAAGACAAAAAAAAAGAUAAUGAUCAGGAGGAUACUACAAAAGAAGAUAAAGAAAAGUCAGAACUAAUUGUGGAAAAUGGAGACGACAACACUGAUAACAACAAUAUACCUCCAGUCACACCCACUGCAGCAGAUGCACUUCCACCGGAUGAAUUGAUACCAUCCAGUCCACCCGAGCAACAACCUGAUGUACCACCACCACCGCCACCUUCGGAUUCGCCCGCCAAAAUACCAGACAAUACACCCCCUGAACCACCUUCUGAUCCUCCUCCAGAACCGCCUGCUAAUCCACCUCCAGAACCACCUGCUAGUCCUCCUCCAGAACCACCCCAAACUACUCAAGAAGAAGAAGCUGCAGAAAAGGACGGUGAAGCGGAUCAGUCGACGACAGAGGAAAUUAAUGGAGACGACAAGCAACACGAUAAUGCUGAUACGACCAAAGAAAAUGGAACUGGAAAUGACGACACGGUUCCUAGUACUACCGAGGAACCAGACACCACUACAACCAUUAACGACGAAAAAAAUGACAAGGAUGCCACUGUGGAGAAUGGUGACACGGCGGAGACCGAGCCGCCACCAUCGUCCACGGAAGCAACAACUACGACUACCAAUGACGAAGUAGAAGAGGGCAAAAAGAUCAAAAUCAUGUUUGAAGAAGGAGAUGAAUUCGCCAUGCUCGACCCAGAUGGAAAACCACCUGCUGUCUUUCACGAUGCAUUGAUAUCACCAAGAACAUGGAACGAAAAGGGAUACUUCAACUCACGCCAAGAACGAUUGAGGUUCCGAAUCAUACAACAACCACCACAAGACGAAGCAGAAGCUGUCGAACGAGAUCCCAACAAUGAAGAUGGACGGGUUGGACCCUACGAUCGAAGAGAUCCAAAAGCCACGGCCAUUUUGGGGGCCAGUUGUUACAGUGCCGCCCCCGAAAUUAUCAAAGCAACCUUUUUCGAUGGACACGUCGUCGUGUACAAGCCACAUCCCUACAAUGUCGAUGUCGAUCGCAUCUGGGCGGAAGUUUUGAAACCAUUGGUCGAAAUUGGUGCCGUCAGUUAUUGCAAAGCCGAUGAAGGACCCGAAUUGGUGAAAGAUCCACGGAUUGAUCAAAUCUACAUGACGGGGACGGCCGAAACGGGACGGGAGGUCCUGCAAGCCGCCAACAGUAGUGACACGACCAACAAUAAGAAGAAAACCUGCGUCUUGCAAACGGGAAGUGUCAAUCCUGUCAUUCUUGUACCCGGACUCAAUCGACAAUGGAAAGCCAAAGAAAUGAGACAUCAUGCACUGCAGAUUGCAUCGGCCGGGAAAUUCAAUGGAGGACACUUUUGUGGACGACCACAGGUGAUCGUCACCAGCAAGAGCUGGGACCAACGGGAAGCCUUUCUGGAAGAACUCGAAAAGGCCAUUGCCGAACGAACACCACCGGAAGGUUCCUACGAUCCAAAGUACCGUCGAGAAUUCAAUCGGUUUGUGCGAGAGUAUCCCGAAAACUCCAAGAUCAUCGAAGCCGAAGGACUCACCACAGAUUCUGCUCGGGUCUUGUUGGUGACCGGUGCUGCUGAAGAUAGUUACGGACUUCAGCACGAAGCGUUUUGUCAGGUACUGAUCGAAGUCGCCUUGGACAUUCCCGAUCAUCCUGUAGCCUACCUGCCGGAAGCUGUCAAGUUUUGCAAUGAAAAGUUAUAUGGAUCCCUCUGUGCCACCAUUGUGGUAGAUGACGUUGUCAACAAAAAAUACAGUGGCAUCGUGCACCAAGCUUUGACGGAUUUAAAUUAUGGAACGGUUGCUACCAAUGCCAUGGCAUGUUUUGCUUGGUUCAACCCUGGUAUGUACUGGGGAAACUACAAAUUCGAUGACGACGACGAAGAGUGCGAGGCGAAAGGUGUGGGCCACUUUGGAAACCUCAUGGGCUAUCACGAGAGUGCCGUCAAGUCGGUGAUUACGGAUUGUUUCACUGGCAACGGUCAUUGGAUCAAGACCUGCCGAGGUGCUUAUGCCGAAAAGAUUGCUUCUCUUUCCCACUAUGCCUUGGAACCUUCAUGGAAGAAAGUCUCGGCGUAUAAGUACAAAGGAGUGCGAGCAGCUGCAGCUAGAAAGGAUUGGUAG